UUUGCUCUGGACAAAACCUGCGUGACCCUGUGACGUACCAUAGGCUGAGAGUGUAAUGAUUUGUUUCUUAAAUAUUAUUGCAAAAGUCAACAAAUCGUUUCUGGAGUAAUAAAAGGGAAGGUUGGGAGCAGAGAUUUGUUAUCACAGCAGAUUUUCCAGGACCUAAGAAAUGUGGUUUCAGAACAGAAAUAACUUGCUCUUCAUUUCCUGACCGACUGAAAACAUCACAACGUCCCAUCUGAUUUUCUCUUCGUAUCUCCUUCACCGGUCUUUUGGCAUCUGACAGAAGAAGCAGUGUGGAGCAAAAAUCUGCCUGAAUUUCUGUGCUACACAGGGAGAACAUGCCUAGAAAAUGAAGAGGUUCUUCUGUGGCCCUGAACAGCACUCUGCUGACAAGGUUCUUUGCAUCUUGAUGGCUGUUGCUCAUCUUUUUCUCCUGACAGAAACGCGCUAUCUGCAUGGAGAACGCCUGGAUUUACUGGGAAGGAAUGACAAAUAUGUGUCCCUGGUCAACUUCAGUAUCCCUCAGCUCUGUCAGUUCACGGUGUGCAUUGACCUCAAACGGAGUGCCAACGUCAGCUCGUGGGCAGUGUUUUCCUAUGACAUUGACACCACCUCCACAGAUGUAAAUGACCUAGAACUUGGGCUCUCUGGAGAAAACAAGCACUUGAGACUUUACCUUUUUGGCACCAGACGAGAUAUUGAGAUUGACCUGGCCCUUUUUGGGUGGUACACUGUGUGCUGCUUGUGGGACAGCAGGAGGCAGCUGCUGCAGGUCUACUGCAGCGGUGACCUCGUGCACAGCGAGGCCGUUGGCAGCACGGAGUGCCUGAAGCCCAACGGCAGCCUUGUGCUGGGCCAUCUGCACAAGAGGAGGGGUGGCUUUAUUGGAAGGGUCAGCAACAGCUUCAUUGGCAGCUUGUACUACUUCCAGCUGUGGGACCGUGUGCUGGGCCAGCAGGAGCUGCUGGACUGCGCCAUGGGCAAUGCUGUCAGCUGGAAGGAGGCAUUCUGGAACUUCAGCACCAUCCACCCUGUAGGGGACCAUCACCUGCGCUGCGAUUUCAGUGAAGCAUCCUCAACAAGGGCCUCCACGCUGCCCCCGGUACCUCCAGCCAGUACCAAUGGUACCGUUCCACUCAGAUUCUUUAAUGUUCACAUGAACUUUUCUCUUCUCUACAAAAUGGAGAGAGCUCCUGAUUGCUAUGAUGCAAGGAGGCUUCUUGAACACUGGUUUAAUAUCAUGUUUACUGGAGAAGGAUUUGUUGUGACAAACUUUAAAGUGAGGGAUAAUUAUCCACAUCACAGUGCCUAUAAGAGGACUCACGGGAAGGUAAAGCAGAUGUCACGAAGCUAUGUCUGUAAGGCCAUUGUAAAGACCACAUUCCUGGAAACACAAGAAGUCUUGAGUCUCAAGAUCAAAGAGUUGUUGAAUGACUCUUACAAAGAGGGACCAUUUUCCCUGUAUGUGAAACCUGAAGAUGUGGCUGUGAAGUCCAUAGCACUAAUGGGUUGUCCAGAAAGCUUUUCCCACACGCGGUACAAGGGAAAUUAUUCCUGGCCUCUAACAAGUCCAGCCUCCAAGACAGAGGUCAGCUGCAGGAAAAACCCUCUGCAGUCUGCUCAGAGGAGCUGUGAAAUUAGUAUUGAACUUGAGCAAGCUUUUUGGAAAAAACCAAACAUGACUAAAUGCAAAUUACUGGAAAAACUUCCAAAUAAUACUCUAGGCCUCCAAAAUAUCAAGAUAACAGAAGAGAAUGCACAAGAUGUUGUACAGCAUAUUUUAUACCUCUUGCCUGAUGCAACACUGCAUGUGGAAGAACUGGAAAUCAUUGCAAGUAAAAUUUCUGAUAUUGUAGAGCUUGCAGAUGUGAGUGUGACACUUGCAGAGACUGUAUUGUCUAUACUAGACUAUAUUGUGCUGCAAGAAAUAGAAGAUGAGAACUUUAGAAAAAUAACCAAUAGUAUCCUGAAGAUGGCUGAGGAGAUGGGCUAUAAGGUUACCUACACAGACAGAAAUAUGUCAGUCAUAACCACGUCCUUGGCCCUGUUGGUGCUGCGUCCAGAUCCCGGACUGUUUGGAGGACUGGCCUUUGGCAUUACCUCCUACAACAGAAGUGUGGAUCUCAAGGUGAGAGCAAAGUAUCACCUCAGGGACCACUGA